AAGGUCAAGUUUUGGACAGUCAUCCUCAAAAGCAAGAAAAAAGGAACACUUUGAAAAAGGAAAAUUCUGGAUAAUCAUUCAGCUGAUUUUUGCUCAAAGGUAAAAGAAAAAAAAUAAAAUGUUUAGAAACGACGUCGCGGGAUUUGAACUCACCAGUGGACCGACUGGUCUGAAAAGCAGGAUCAUUGUGCGAAACCUACCAGAUUGCACUCGCCAUGAGCUGGCUUACCUCUGCGUGCCCUUUGGCCAAAUCCUUGGCUCGCUGAUCGUCAAUAAGCAAGGAUUUAUCCAGUAUUCUAAGGAGAGCGAGGCCACGCGCGCCAUAAACGCGCUCAACCAAAUUGUCUUCAAAUCGAAAGUUCUCCACGUCUCGAACGCCAGUUUUCGUUCCAUCGAAAGGUAUCAGGUGCAAAUUGGGUCUGAUGAGAAUGAAGAUGACUUGGUACAGGAGUACUAUGAGGAUGACUCCUAGGAUGACAAUGACGGCCGGGGUACCAUGCAGGAAUUGUGCACACGCAAGAGGAAGAGACAUACGAACGGCAAAAACAUGAAGUAAAAGGUGAAGAGUCCGAACACGUGCUCAUAUGUCGCCAAACAACACAAAUCACUGGAAGAAGAAGAAUCUCUACACGAAGAGCACAAGAAGAACAGAAGAAACGACACACCAACAUAUUUCAACUCCUAUACUUAUACACGUCCGAAAUAUGCUCUGCAAUAAACUGAAAGCAUUUC